AUCUUAUCUGUCCAGCCAUAAAUACAUAAGGUACUACGUAUAUCUUACACUUCCACACCGACAGCCACAAUGCCCGCUCUUCAGAAAGGAGAUAAAUUCCCGGAUGGAGUCCAGUUCGAAUGGGCACCCAUCACAGAUCCCUCACCAACAGCGUGCGGGAUGCCGCAGACGUAUGAUGCGUCCAAGGAAUUUGCUGGAAAAAAGGUCGUGAUCGUGUCGGUUCCGGGAGCUUUCACGCCAGGCUGUCAGGCAUAUCAUCUGCCUCCAUAUCUCGAGAAGAUCAAGGAGCUGGAGAGCAAGGGCGUGGAUUUGGUAGUGGUUAUUGCAUCGAAUGAUGCGUGGGUCAUGAGUGCUUGGGGAAAGGUCAAUGGAGCCAAGGAGGAUACCAAAGUGUUGUUCAUGAGCGACACCAAAACCUUCUUCUCCAAGAAUUACGGAUGGAGCGCGGGCAUGGGCGAUCGAAAUGGCCGAUGGGUCAUGGUCAUUGAGCGAGAUGGAACCGUCAGCGUUGCCGAUGUAGAGGAGAAUGGACGACAGGUCACGGUCUCGGGCGCCGAUGCUGUCCUGAGCAAGCUAUGAUGAGUGGGUAGAGUGGGACAGGUGUGCAUGUAGGUACAUAUGUACUUUGUCGAUGGAUAUUCUCAAUUCAACAGGAAAAUUGUGC